CCCGCGCUGAGACCAGCGGAAGCAGCUGCGGUGGAGCCGAGUGCUGGGUCGAGCAGCGGGGAAGGGCUGGCCCGGCCGGAGGGGAUUGACUUGACGGAACAUCUGAAAAUUGACUUCUUGGAGUCCUAGUACCAUGUCAUCUGGCAGAAUCCGAACGAAGAAAAAGGUCACCACUUUAGAUCAAGCAUCUGAUAAUCUUCCAUUGAGAAGUUCUGGGAGACAGGUGAGGAGGAAAGCAGCAGAGGUAGCUGAGGAGGACGAAGAAAUAUCAGAGAAGAAAUACCGGAAAUGUGAAAAGGCCGGGUGUACAGCAACUUGCCCAGUCUGCUUUGCUAGUGCCGCUGAAAGGUGUGCUAAAAACGGCUAUACGUCAAGGUGGUAUCAUCUGUCCUGCGGGGAACAUUUCUGUAACGAAUGCUUUGAUCAUUACUACAGAAGUCAUAAAGAUGGUUAUGAAAAAUACACCGCAUGGAAAAGGAUCUGGACCAGUAAUGGGAAAAGUGAACCCAGCCCCAAAGCUUUUAUGGCUGAUCAACAGCUUCCUUACUGGGUUCAGUGCACAAAGGCAGAGUGUGGGAAGUGGCGUCAAUUGACAAAGGAAAUUCAACUUACCUCACAAAUAGCCGAAGCAUAUCGCUGUGGCAUGAAACUGAACAAUUCUGCUAAGGUGGAAGGUUCGGACCAAUGUGCCAUGCCUGAGGAUCUGAGAGUGGCUGAAGUUUCAGAUCCUUGGUGGUAUUCCAUGCUUAUCCUUCCUCCCCUGUUGAAGGACAGUGUGGCUGCUCCACUACUGUCUGCGUACUACCCGGACUGUGUGGGCAUGAGCCCCUCUUGUACUAGUACUCACCGAUCGGUCAGUGAAUCUAGUCCGAUGAAAAUGGAGAACUUAAAGACUCCACCUUCCAUAACUGGGAUGAACAAAUACUUCCAACCUUUCUAUCAGCCCAAUGAAUGCGGUAAAGCCUUGUGUGUAAGGCCAGAUGUCAUGGAAUUAGAUGAACUCUAUGAGUUUCCAGAAUAUUCCCGGGACCCCACCAUGUACCUAGCGCUGCGAAAUCUCAUUCUGGCCUUGUGGUACACAAACUGCAAAGCACCUCUAUCCCCACAGAAAUGUACUCAUCACAUAAUUGUUCGAGGACUGGUACGCAUUCGCUGUGUUCGGGAGACAGAAAGAAUUCUUCAUUUUAUGACCAGGAAAGGUCUGAUUAAUACAGGAGUUUUGUCACUUAAUCGAGACCAAGCCCUGCUUCCCAAAGACUACCACAAUAGAUCUGUCAUUGUGGUUGGAGCUGGCCCAGCAGGAUUAGCAGCUGCAAGACAACUUCAAAACUUUGGAAUUAAAGUCCUUGUGCUGGAAGCAAAGGAUAGAAUUGGUGGACGAGUCUGGGACGAUAAGACCUUCAAGGGGCUCAUUGUGGGAAAAGGAGCUCAGAUUGUGAAUGGCUGUAUCAACAAUCCUAUAGCACUAAUGUGUGAGCAAUUGGGCAUUAAAAUGCACAAAAUUGGAGAGAAGUGUGACUUGAUCCAAGAAGGUGGAAGGAUAACUGAUCCUGCAAUAGAUAAGCGCAUGGAUUUUCAUUUCAAUUCUAUCCUGGAUGUUGUGGCAAAUUGGAGAAAAGAUAAAAGUCAACAUCAAGACGUUCCUCUUGGAGAUAAAAUUAAGGAGAUCUAUAAAGUUUUUAUUCAGGAAUCUGGUAUCCAGUUCAAUGAACUAGAGGAAAAAGUGCUCCAGUUCCAUGUUAGCAAUUUAGAAUAUGCCUGUGGCAGUAACCUCCAUGAAGUUUCUGCACGGUCUUGGGAUCAUAAUGAAUUUUUUGCGCAGUUUGCUGGUGACCACACCUUAUUGAGCUCAGGAUACUCAGCCCUCACUGAAAAAUUAGCCGAAGGCCUGGAUAUUCGGUUAAAGGUUCCAGUCUGUAGCAUCGAUUACUCAGGAGAAGAGGUAAAAGUGACCACAAAGGAUGGAACUCUGUGGACAGCACAAAAGGUUCUAGUUGCUGUACCUUUAACUAUUCUUCAAAAACCAGCAAUUCAUUUCAAGCCAGCUUUAUCAGAUAGAAAAAUGAAAGCUAUCAACAGUUUAGGAACUGGGGUUAUUGAGAAGAUUGCACUACAGUUUCCUUACAGAUUCUGGGAGAGCAAAAUCCAAGGAGCCGACUACUUUGGCCAUAUUCCACCUAAUUCAAGCAAACGUGGGCUCUUCAGUGUUUUCUAUGACAUGGACCCACAGCGUAAAUGCAGUGUUCUAAUGUCUGUCGUAACUGGAGAUGCUGUGCGAACAAUAAGGAACUUAGAUGACAAGGAAGUGCUGCAACAGUGCAUGGCCGUGCUUCGGGAAUUGUUUAAGGAACAGGAAGUGCCAGAUCCAAUCAAAUAUUUUAUUACAAGAUGGAGCAAAGACCCUUGGAUCCAAAUGGCAUAUAGUUUUGUAAAGACAGGGGGCAGCGGUGAAGCAUAUGAUAUACUUGCUGAAGACAUACAGGGAAAAAUCUUCUUUGCUGGAGAGGCCACAAAUCGGCACUUUCCGCAGACUGUUACAGGAGCCUACUUGAGUGGUGUUCGAGAAGCAAGCAAAAUAUCAGCAUUUUGAAUACUAGUUUACAUUUUAAAACAAAUCCUAAAUCCAUGUGGUGCUCAAAUUUGUGAAGACAAAAGCGAUUUCAUUGUUUAUGCCUUGAAGAUGCACUUCACACACUUCAUCCCUUAUUUUUUCACUAGGAAGUCUGUAUUAUGAAAGGUGGAACUGUAAUGAACCUUAAAUAGUGGUAGAUGGAUUGUCAAAUAGUAGUUGAAUGUUUCUUCAAAAGGAUAGGUUUUCUCCAAUCAUGUAUAGGGUGAAAAAAAAAGUCUAAGAAAUGGUUAGAAAUACAAACCUGGAGGCCUUUGGUACCAUUCAAUUAUAUAGUACACAUAAACAAUAACAUUCAUUACUGACCUGCAAAAAAUAACAUUAAAAGCUUCUGUAUGAAGCUAGUAUUUGCUCAUCAUGUAAAUGGCCUAAUAAAAAUAUGUGGACAUUUCCUUUCUGUGCACUUAGUUUUAAUAAUCAGAACUUUAAUUAAAUAUUAUGGUAGUAGGCAACUCUGCGAGAAAAAAAAUUGGGUCUUAAAAUUGGGCUUGGUUUGUUUUUGAAAAGUUAAAGGAUGUGAUAUUAUCCAGAAGCAAAUUUAAGAUGAUGUAAUAACAUGUAGUGUGACAAUUUCAUUAUGCCAGCAUCAACACCUUUUCUUUACUUGCUACAAACAUGCAAUAUGCAAUAUUUUCUAAAUAUAUAAUGGAACGGCUUGUCUCCUGGAAUUUUGAGUGCUCCAUUGCUGGAAAUUUUCAAGAAAAAUUGCACAAUCAUUUGUCCGAGAUGGUAUUACGACUCCUGCCUUGGGCAGGGGGGUUGACUAGAAGACCUCCAGGGCCCCUUCCAGCUUUGUGAUUCUAUGAAGACUUGAAAAGUAGAGGACAGACUGGAAAAAAAAUACUGUUUUAAA